GAAUUGCAAAACAAAUGAAAACUGCUUUUGCUUUCCAUUGUUUUAGGUUGUUUUCUCAAAACAAUAAACACUUUCUCUUCUCCAUGGCCCCUGGUUUUGCCCUUUGUCCAUUUCUUUAUAUAUAUCAAUAUCCAUCUGCCCCUUCCGUUUCUUCCAUCAACAACUCUCUCAAAAUCUUGUCUUUCUCAUCGUCUCCACGCCAACUUUCGAUUUUUCUUGUGGCGUUUCUGUGUUUUGCUUGUUUUUAAUCUCAACUAACUGUACAUACUUGAAGGAGACAUUGGUUGAAUUGGUGUGUUGGUUUUGGUUUACUAUAUAGAGUUGUGAUGACGAUGGAGGGCGGCGUGGUUGAGCAAAGAAGAGAAAGAGUUGAGCAUGUGAAGAAGGUUGGAUAUGCUCCUAAAGCUAUCAAAAAGAAGAGAUGUAGAAACAAAAUUCAAAGAUGUGUAGAGCCGAAGGUUCCUCGAGCGCUGCAAGAAUUGUUUGUUGCGUGCAGAGAUGUGUUCAAAGGCCCCGGCUCUGUGCCUGCUCCUUGUGAUGUCAACAAGUUGUGCAAAAUUCUUGAUGAUAUGAAGCCAGAGGAUGUUGGGCUAAGCAAUAGGCUGCAGAAGAUCUUCAGUGCUCAAGAUGCAGCUAAAGGGCAUCUAAUGGAAGAUGGAGUUAAAGGGUCUCCAAUUGUGACAUACACAACCAUAUACAAGUGUUCGAAAUUUUCGCUAUGUCUUUUCUUUCUUCCUGCAACUGCUGUUAUCCCUUUGCAUAACCAUCCUGAAAUGACUGUGUUUAGCAAACUCCUCCUGGGAACAAUGCACAUAAAAUCUUAUGAUUUGGUUGAUCCUGUGAGGUCCCAUGACACUCCGCCACAUUCACAACCUAGAUUGGCAAGGUUGGUAGCGGACAAUGAUUUCACAGCGCCUUGCGACACUUCUGUAUUGUAUCCAACCACCGGCGGCAAUAUCCACGAAUUCACAGCUAUUACAACGUGUGCAGUGCUCGAUGUGCUUGGACCUCCCUAUUCGAAAGCUGAUGGUCGAGACUGCUCACACUACAGGGAGUUUCCAUUCUCUGCUUUCUCAAAUGGAGAAAAUUCAGUGAAUGCGGAGGAGGGUGAGUGUUAUAGGUGGUUGGAAGAGAUUGAAGUGCCAGAGAAUUCACAGAUGGAUGAAAUUGAGUACUUAGGUCCACAGAUCGAUGAUAAAUAGUAACUAGCUAUCUCAUUUUUCAAAGUUUCACACUAUA